AUGAUGAUCAACUCAAAGCAUUUAAAUGGGGAUUUUUCUGUAAUCAGCUAUCCCUCUGCAGUGACUCCUGGAAAACUUGCCCAGCUCGAAAAUCCAAUGACUACUUUCGUAACUAAGACUAAAAUAGAUCCUGCCCCAAUUCAAUCAUAUUUAACUGGCACGCCUAAAUCGAAUAAGCCAAUUUUCACUUUUCAACAAGUCGAUAAGUCUCAAAUAAAAACAAAUAGGAAAUCUAGCAUCGAAAAAAAGCAAGCAAUACUUCCUUCCUUCUUAACAGAUAUUUUAGGAGAAAGCCCUCAAACUACAUUUUUCCCAAACCAAACAACGUAUAUUCUUGAUUUUGUUGAUUUAGUCUAUCAUUCUUAUUAAAUUGCCUUUUUUAAUACAGGUGCAUUAUUUAUUUUUUAUAAUUUAAUCUAAUGUAGUAUAAAAAAAUUUUUCGAUAAGCCUCAAUCCUCCACCAAAACAAAAGAGAAUAUAAACAAUUCUCAGCCUAGCUUUACAGAUAGAUCAGUAACUAUUGAAGGCAAAGGAAUCCCUUCAAUACACUUUAGGGACAUUAAAAGCUCAUUAGGCAGAAGAAACCUUAACAGAAGUUUAAAUAUGGAUGAUCAUUUAUUAUACAAACCUUAUAUCAUUGAAAUUUCCCCAAAGUCAAAAAUGACUUUGUAUUCCACAAUUCCUAUAAAAGAAAGCAUAAGCCUGAAUUCUAUAUUUUAUCCAUAAGAAUAGCAUUAGGCCAAUAAUAUGAUCAUAAUAAUAUUUUAUUGAUAAAAUUAUCAUACUAAUGACUUAUUCUCUAGCAUUUAGAAUAAAAAUAAAAACCACAAGAGAAAUCAAAGCACUCUUUCUAGAAAUCAAAAACUUCCCCAAUUAGAAAAUCAUAUGAGCAUCGACAAAAGCAGAAGAUUCGAACCCAAGGACCAAUUAAUUGUUAUUGAGCAUCACUCAAAAACUUUUGCAGAAAAACUUCAACGUGUAAAAGAUAUCGCUGAUACAACAGAGUAUUACUGUCACUAA